UUGCCCUAUAAACAUGCGUUGACGUGCGUGAAAGUAGCCCUCUGCGGGAUUCUAUGUUGUCAAACCACAUAAACAAAAUUGGUUGAAUGCAUUCAGUAUUGUAACAACUUUAGCAUGUCUGCAAUUUAUGAAGCGGCCACUGCCAUCAAACCAAAAACACCCGAAGAGGAGCAAGUGUUGAAAAACCUUUGGUCGAUCCGACCGUGUUACUUAUAUAAUGAAGAGUACGAAGACUGUACGAGCAUCAAGGGCCGGUUUCAUCAAUACUUCAUACACGGUGAAUCGAUCGACUGCAACCAGUGGAAGCGAGAUUUCGAUAGUUGUGUGCGGUUCGAGAAGAACGCCACGGACACAAAAAGUGCAUUAGAGCUAAUACAAAGCGAACAGAAGCGGCGCGAAGAACGGAUGCGGGCCCAUUACAGCAAUAACGUGUGGACGAAGCGAACGAAUCCACCGGAGGAAUGGUCCAAACCGCUACCGGAACAUAUGCAAAAGGAAUAUGAAAGCUCGUUUCUAGCAUCGAAAGCUAAAGAACUACGCGAAGGCUCACAAACACCGGAUGCAGAUAGUUCAUCCUGCAUUAUAAUGUAAUCAGCAAACCACACCAACGGCAUUUUUGGUCAUCGUUUUUGCAAAUAACAGUUUUCAUCUGUAUAAUGAUCGAAAGAAAUAUAUAU